AUGAAAGGGCGUAUCCUAGUGGCGGCGCUCGUCUAUUGGAUAUCACUUGUUGGUGCUCACACUCAAUCUGCAAAUAGCUGGAUAUCCACCAUCUGGGAUGACUUCAAAGAAGCAGUUGACUGUGCGAGCUGUCAGGCCUUGCUAGGUGGUCUGAAGCUAGUAGCAGAUUUUGGCGAGUCUUUCAUGGAAGAUGUCUUAAUUGGAGUCUGUGAUAUUAGCGGUGCCGAGGAUUCUGAUGUUUGUGCUGGCGUUAUUGCUAAUGAAGGACCCUCUGUCCAUUAUUCCCUGUCGAAUCUGAAAAUUGGCUCUCACACUGCCAAAACAUUCUGCGCCAGUCUUGUAGGACUAUGUGACUAUCCAGCAGUCCGGCCAUACAAUUUGACUUUCCCUUCACCCAAACCACCAACUACUCGACCUCCACCCAGCGGCAAGCCCCCAAUUAAAGUUGGCCAUUUCAGCGACACACAUGUUGAUUUAUCCUACGAGACUGGAUCCAAUUAUAACUGCACCAAGCCCAUCUGCUGCAGAUCAUACACAGAAGGCGAUGCACCAGGAAAUACCUCCGCCCCGUGUGGUCCCUGGGGAAAUUCCAACUGUGACCCUCCGCACCAACUCCAAGAAAACAUGAACGAGGCUAUUGCAGACUUAAACCCGGCCUUCUCAAUCUACACCGGAGAUGUUGUAGCCCAUGACGUCUGGCUAGUGGACAAAGACGAAGCCCUACAAGACUUUAACGCGACCUACAGCGCGAUGGAGACUCUCGGUCGCGUAUACGCCGCACUCGGCAACCACGACGCCGCACCGCUUAAUCUCUUUCCAUCAAAUCAGCUACCCAGUGAGUAUAAUCCUCAAUGGGCAUACGAUACCCUCGCUUCAGACUGGGUGGGUCUAACAGGUGUACAAUCUGUUGAAAGUGCAAACGAGCAUGGCUCGUACUCGGCCAUCCACCCAAACAGCAACCUACGCGUUAUCUCAUACAACAGCAUCUUCUACUAUAAAUACAACUUCUUUUCCUACACCGAGCCAAUGGAAUAUGAUCCGAAUUCUCAGCUAGAAUGGCUAAUCAACGAGCUCCAUGAAGCUGAAUCAGCCGGCCAGCGCGCAUGGCUGAUCUCACAUAUCCCAUCUGGUGAUCCGGAUCACUUCCACGAUCAUUCGCAUUACUUCGAUGAGAUUAUUCAACGAUACGAGGCAACUAUCGCAGCUCUCUUCUUUGGUCAUACGCAUACAGACGAGUUCCAAAUCUCGUACUCAAAUUAUAAAAACCGAAACUGGGACACGGCCACAGCAAUGGGCUAUGUUGCGCCAUCAAUGACGCCCACGUCCGGCCCGCCUUCUUUCCGAGUCUACGACAUUGAUCCCGUCACCUUCGGCGUCCUAGAUUUCACACAGUACACCGCUGAUAUCAGCGACCCACAGAAAAAACCAGAGUGGGUGCCGUAUUACUCCGCCAAGAAAGAUUAUGGAUCUCUGCUCAAUCCCCCAGUGACUGAUGCACAUGUUGAACUCACGCCUGCCUUUUGGCACAAUGUUACUGUUGCCAUGGAAGGGGAUGCGAGUGUUUUCCAGGAUUACUGGGCAAGACGGACACGCGGGUUCCAGGUACCUGAUUGUACUGGGGCCUGUGCUAGUAAUGAAAUUUGUGCUCUUAGGGGAGCCGAUGCACAGUAUAAUUGUUUUGUGGAGCAGCCUGGGUUCAGCUUUGAGAAGCGGGAUGGACGUGAGAAUAGUGAGGCACUGUGGAAGAAGAAGUUUCAACCCGAAUGUAAUCAUGCUGGUAUGGCGCCGUUGCUAGCAAAGAUUGCUUAUCGAGCAAGUCUUGAGCGAGAGUAG